GGAGUGGAAGCAAAGCAGGUGGACCAGACGGAUUGGGGAAUAAUGGCAACACCUUCAUAUAAUACCGGCUCAAAACCAAUCGGUAUUGAGCGACGCAAAACCACUUAAGCCAAAGCUUGAAACCAGUAAUGUUCAUAAGCCUGUUGUGUUUUAAUAUUAUAAAUAAUUCAUGUGAUCUAACUUACCUUACCUGGUUGUUGUUGAAUAAUAAAUAUGUAAAUUCAAAGAUCAAGAUAUGUAAAACAAAUGCAUCGUUCACAAUUCCCUUUUGCUCUCUCCUUAGCAAUAAAUACCGGCAACCACUCUUCCCUUCUACCCAGCUCAAUAAUAUCACCCUAGCAACACGCGAGCUCGAACACACAAAGCGUCAAAUGGAUACCAUUGCAGCAAUGGAAAAACCACAUGCGAUAUGUAUCCCCUAUCCAGCACAAGGCCACAUAAAUCCCAUGAUGAAACUUGCUAAGCUCCUUCACUUUAAGGGCUUCCAUAUUUCCUUCGUCAACACCCACUACAACCAUAAGCGCCUACUCCGAUCCAGAGGUCCUUCCUCCCUCGACGGGCUCUCAGAUUUCUGUUUUCACUCCAUUCCCGAUGGCCUUCCGCCAUCUGACGCAGAAGCUACCCAGUCAAUCCCUGACCUCUGUGAAUCUGUUCCUAAGCACAGUCUGGAACCUUUCUGUGAGCUGAUUAACAAGCUUAACUGUGUGUUGCCGGUGUGCUGUAUAAUUUCCGACGGAUGCAUGAGCUUUACACUUGAAGCUGCAAACAGAUUUGGGCUGCCGGAAGUGCUAUUCUGGACGACAAGUGCUUGUGGGCUUUUGGCUUACACUCACUAUCGUGAACUUGUUGGAAAGGAGUAUAUUCCCCUCAAAGAUAUGAGCUACGUAACAAAUGGAUAUUUAGAAACAACGUUAGAUUGGGUUCCUGGGAUGAAAAACAUCAAAUUAAGGGACUUCCCAAGCUUCAUUCGAACCACAGAUAUAAACGAUAUCAUGUUCAACUAUCUCAUGACGGAAGCUGAGACUCUCCCUAGAGGCUCUGCUGUGGUCCUUAACACAUUUGAUGCCUUAGAACAAGACAGCGUUAAUCCCAUAUGUACCAUGAACCCACGAACCUUCACCAUAGGCCCACUUCACCUGAUGCAAGAACAUGUGCAUGAUGAACGUCUCAAACAAAUUGGGUCCAAUCUUUGGAAGGAAGAUGUGAGCUGCAUCAAUUGGCUUGACACGAAAGAUCCUGGAUCAGUUGUUUUUGUCAACUUUGGAAGUAUUACAGUUAUGUCGAAAGAACAACUCACUGAGUUCGGGUGGGGACUUGCUAAUAGCAAGAAGGAUUUCUUGUGGGUAACGAGGCCAGACAUCGUGGGUGACAAUGAAGCCAUGAUGCCACCUGAAUUCGUUGAUGAGACGAAAGAGAGAGCCAUGAUGACCAGUUGGUGCCCUCAAGAACAGGUUUUAAAGCACCCAGCGAUUGGGGGAUUCUUGACACACAGUGGAUGGAACUCGACUAUUGAGAGUAUUAGCAGCGGUGUUCCAGUGAUUUGUUGGCCGUUUUUUGCCGAGCAACAAACAAAUUGUCGGUAUAGUUGUGUAGAGUGGGGGAUUGGAAUGGAAAUUGAUACAGAUGUGAAGAGAGAGGAGGUGGAGGCUCAGGUGAGGGAGAUGAUGGAUGGGAAGAAGGGGAAGAUGAUGAAAAGCAAGGCCUCAGAGUGGAAGACAAAAGCCGAAGAAGCUGUUGCUAUUGGUGGAUCUUCUUAUCUCAACUUUGAUAAAUUAGUUAGUGAGGUGCUAUUGAUCAGAAAAUGAACACUGCAUUUCGUUGCCAGUGGUUAAUGGUGGAUCUUCUUAACGGAUUACUAAAUUUUAUCUUAUCUAUUAAGGUUCUUUUUUUUUUUUAUUAAAUGUUUACACAUAUUUUAUUUUGGAAUAAGAAAUGAUAGCGAUUUAUCCUUCCAUCCUAGAUUACCUAUCAAUAAUACUAAAACAAAAACAAAAA